AUGAGCUACCACAGCGGCUACUACGGAGGCCUGGGCUAUGGCUAUGGUGGCUUUGGAGGCCUGGGCUGCGGCUAUGGCUGUGGAUGUAACAGCAUCCGCAGACUGGGCUAUGGCUGUGGCUUCGGGGGCUUCGGGUACGGCUCUGGCUAUGGAGGCUAUGGCUAUGGCUCUGGCUAUGGAGGCUUCGGAUAUGGCUGCUUCCGCCCAUCAUGCUGUGGAGGAUAUGGAUUCUCCAGCUUCUAUUGA